CCAGCCCCGCCCCGCGGACGGCGCUCGCAGCGCACCCUAACCCCAGGCGGCGCGGCGGGUCCCCAGGGGUCUGCGGGCGGCUGAGCGGCCGAGGCACCCGAGCGCGGUACCCACAGCGGGCGGCGGGCAGCCAUGGCGGAGGCCGCGUCGCAGCACUUGUCGCUGCCCUCGAGGCUGCUGGAGCUGUGCGCGCUGCUGGGCGCCUCCCGGGACAGCCUCCAAAGCCUCGAGCAGGUUGCUCAGAAAAAGGGAGUCAAACAUCUUUCUGCUCUUGAUCCAGAGGUCUUGUCCAUUUUCGUGCCUCCUUUUAUCAGUAAAGAGGACAGUCAAAUGGCUGGUGCAAACUGUGGCACUCUCGGUAAAACCAGGAGGCGCUCCUUCAGAAAGAAGAGAGAGAGGCCCAGACCAGAGCAGUGGAAGGGCCUCCCGGGGCCCUCCAGAGUGCCAGAGCCUGAGGAUGUCACCGUCCCGGACGGCGUGGACCUCCUUGCCCUGCCCCAGCUGUGCUUCCCAGGGGGUGUGUGCGUGGCCACUGAACCCAAGGAGGAUCGCGUCCACUUCCUGGUGCUGACCGAUGUCUGCGGGAAUAGGACCUAUGGCGUGGUGGCCCAGUACUACCGGCCCCUGCACGAUGAGUACUGUUUCUACAAUGGCACAACGCACGGGGAGCCAUCCCGGCCAGCUGUGGGCGCUGCUGGCUGCUUCGUGCCCUACGCCGUGUGCGUGGUCUCCAGGUUCCCCUAUUACAACUCCCUCAAGGACUGCCUCUCCUGUUUAUUGGCUAAUCUAAAGCUCUAUAAAGAUUUUGAAGUUGAUAAUCCUAUAAAAGAUUUUGCUGCGAAGCUAUCUUUAAUACCCAGCCCGCCACCUGGACCACUCCAUUUGGUAAAGUAUAUCUGAAAAUUAUAUUGUUUU